AUGACCUGCGGCGACCCCGACCUGGAGCUGGACGCCCUGCAGCCGUCCUUCUUCCCGGACGAGGAUGACAUCUACUUCAGCGGCCUCGACUGGAGCCGCCCGGGGGACGACCUCUGGAAGAAGUUCGACCUGCUGCCCAUGCCCCUGCCGUCACCCGGCCUGGACUUCCCGUGCCCGGCCCCCGAGGUGUCCCCGAGCGAGUGGGACGCCGCGCUGGGUCUGGGGGAGCCGGGUGACGAGCGCUCCUCCAGCCCGGUGCUCCUGCGGGAUUGCAUGUGGAGCACCUUCUCGCCCCGGGAGAUGCUGCAGCGGGCCGUGACCGCCACCACCCCCGCCAAGAGGCAGGGGACAGUGGCCGCGCCCGCGCCGGCCACCCCGUCCAGCAGCAGCAGCGGCGGCGACGACGAUCACAAGGCCCCCAGCAUCUCCGGGGAGGAGACCGCUGUCACCCGCUUCACCAUCACCAUCGGCCCCAAGAAUGCCGUGCUGGUCACCGGGACGGGCCAGUCCAGCGUGCUGGUCCUCAAGGGCUGCGUCCCCAUCCGCCUGCAGCCCGGCAUGCUGUCCCCAUCGUCAUCGUCCUCCUCCGGCGCCGAGGGUGACAGCCCGCCGCCCGCGAAGACGGCCAGGGGGGGCGACGCGGCCUCCCGGCCCCCCAUCAAGAUCGUCAUCCCCGCCAAGCUGGACGGCCCGCUGCGCAACGUCAUGGAGUUCCAGCGACGGAACAACCUGCGCUCCAGCUUCUUCAGGCUCAGGCUGGAGGUCCCGGACGUGGCCAACAACGAGAGGGCCACCAAGCUGGCCAUCCUGACCAAGGGCAUCGAGUACGUGCGCGCCCUGCAGGCCGAAGAGCAGCGGCUGCUGCAGGAGAAGGAGAGGCUGCAGGCCCGGCAGCAGCGCCUGCUCAAGAGGAUAGAAAACGCCUGGCCGCACCUCCGCGCUCGCCGCUCCUUCAGCCGCUCUUGUGGAAAGAUCCGGAAGCGCCUGCCGCGUCCCGGCUUCCAGGGACGGCUGCAGAGGGCUGCAGACGGACACCUGGAGCAACCAGCCUGCUCUUCCGCGGACUCGGUGGCAGCCGCUGUCCCCUCGGAGCCCUGCCGGCCCGCGAGACCCGUCGCCUACGUGAAGCCCAUGAGAUGUGAGACCCCAGCUCCCGCGGAGGCCGCUCGCACUGCGGGGAGAGGCCGCCGUCGGGGAGGAGGGAGCCCGCCGCCCCCAGAGCCAGCGGGCCGCCGCAGGGGGGGCGCGGGCCGCCGCAGGGGGUGGGCGGGCCGUCUCAUGGACCCCAUCCCCUUGGUGCAACCAGAGUGGCACGCGCAACUUCAGCACCCAGGCCAGUACGGGGAACUGUACGGUGGGCACAGCAUGCUGUCCUUUCCGUUUGCCGAGGUGGGCAUGCUGGCCAGAACGGUGCAGCUGGGCCCCGGCGCCCCCCAGGCCUGGCCCGAGCUGGGGUUCCAGGAGCUGCACCACGUCCAGGCGUACGGGGCCGUCUUGGGGCAGCCCGGCUCUGCCCUCUGCCCCUCCAUGAGUUACCAACCCGUGGCUGGCUCAGCUAUGCAGUUCCUGCAAACCUCCUUUGGCACCUACAUGCCCGGAGCCCCCUUGUCCUUCACUCACACUGCACUCUGA